GUUACACUGGAGGAACCGCCCGUGAAGGCGGAGCAAGGGGCAAUGAAAUGAACAAACACCAUAGAAACAUUGAGAUAGUCACAAUUUGCCAUAAGAGGCGACACUUGUAUUCUGCCUUGUACUAGCAAAGGAAUGUUAAGAUGAACCUCUUAAUAUAAAGAGUUGUUGUGUCGGUCCCGAAGCUCCUAUCGAUACUCUCAAUCCACACGAACAGGCAGCAUCACCAUCGAACAAGAAGUUUGUUGAAGCCAUUCACAUCAUUGAACUUUGUGAACAAGCUUCUCGCGACAAAGAACGUGACUCACAGCCUCAGCUCAAACCUUCAACCUAAACACUUAUAAAAAUCACCUUCCGCGACAUGCCACACGCAGCUUCUCCUUCAUCACCAAAAAUGUUCAGCCGCAUCAAGGAUAAAUUCUCAACCAAGAAGUCGCCUACCGAGAAUCACACACAUUUCGACAUGGGCAACUCAAACACAACCCCCAAGAACAACCCCUUCCUCGAUGUUCCCGAGGAGGCUCCUCCUGCUUAUGAGCCCACACAAAAGACGGUUCCUCUUCUCAAUGUUCCUCGACGGGGAGCUUCACCAGCGCCCAGUAUCUCAAGUAUUACCAGUGCCGAAGAUAAAUAUGCUUUCCUCUCUACUUUCGAUACCAUCUUCGUCAUUGACGACUCUGGAUCCAUGGCUGGUCGAUCAUGGAGAGAGGUUCGAGAGGCUCUGAGCACUAUUGCCCCGAUCUGUACAUCUCACGACCCCGACGGUAUUGACGUCUACUUCCUGAACCAUCGAUCAUCAGCCGUCGGAACCGGAGUACAAGCCCCCGGUGGAUAUUUCCAGAUCCGUGAUGCCAAUCAAGUCCAACAUCUCUUCGAGUCCGUCCGUCCCUGCGGAGCAACGCCAACAGGUUCUCGUCUUCACAGCAUUCUCAAGCCCUACGUCGCCCACCUUUCCCGCCGUGCGGCCAACGUUGACUCGACCAAGCCGGUCAACAUCAUCGUAAUCACGGACGGAUGUCCCACGGACGACCCAGAGAGUAUCAUUGUUCACCACGCCAAGAAGCUUGACCAGAUCGAGGCACCUCCUCAUCAGGUUGGUAUCCAGUUCUUCCAGGUUGGCAACGAGCUUGGUGCUACCAAGGCUCUCCGUGAGCUCGACGAUGAUCUCGCUGACCAGGGUAUUCGCGAUAUGGUUGAUACAGCAACUUGGAAUUCCACUACUUCGGAAAACAGUAAGGCUUUGACCGCAGAUGGAAUUCUCAAGGUUGUUCUUGGUGCUGUUGUGCGACGCCUGGAUCGCAAGUCUACUCGUGGCUCUCCCCAGGGCCGUCGUUACUAGGCAUUCACUUUGCAAUGGCUCCUGGUUCUCGGGGUCGAAAUUGCUUUCUUCUAUUGUAUUAUUAUUAUUAUGGUGGUAUUCUGCUCUUUAUUGAUACCCGGAGUUUAGGGCUUCCUAUAGAUAAGAUGACUAUCACAGGCCAACAGGACUGGGAUGACUCUCACGAGAACACCAGGUCACAAUUAGUUCGCUAGUUUAAUGCAUCAAAAUCAAUUAUUAC